CUCGCUGCCCACCAGCAAAGCCUGCUCUUUGAGAGAGUUAGACUUCCUUCACUAGAGAGAACACUGAAGACGAGACUAGAAACCUCAGCCUCCAUCAUGUGGAACACCACGGAUGCCAACUUCUCCUGCUACCACGAGUCCGUGCUGGGCUAUCGUUACUUCGCAGUUAGCUGGGGGAUUAUGGUGGCCGUGACGGGCGCUGUGGGCAACGUGCUCACCCUGCUGGCCUUGGCUAUCCGACCCAAGCUCCGGACGCGCUUCAACCUGCUCAUCGCCAACCUGACCCUGGCGGACCUACUGUACUGCGUCCUCCUGCAGCCCUUCUCAGUGGACACCUACCUGCACCUGCGCUGGCGCACGGGCGCCACCUUCUGCAGGGUAUUCGGACUGUUGCUGUUUGCCUCCAACUCCGUCUCCAUCCUCACCCUGUGCCUCAUCGCCCUGGGCCGCUACCUGCUCAUCGCCCACCCCAAGCGCUUUCCCCAAGUUUUCAGCGCCAAGGGGAUAGCGAUGGCCCUGGUGGGCACCUGGGCCGUGGGUGUGGGCAGCUUCGUCCCCUUGUGGCGGGUGUUCGUCUUGGUGCCUGUGGUCUGCACCUGCAGCUUUGACCGCAUGCGAGGUCGGCCCUACACCACGGUCCUCUUGGGCAUCUACUUUGUGCUGGGCCUCAGCAGCGUGGGCGUCUUCUACUGCCUCAUCCACCGGCAGGUGAGGCAAGCAGCUCGGGCACUGAACCGGUACGGGCUGCAGCAGGCCAGCGUCCACUCCAGCCACGUGGCCGGGACCGACGAGGCCGUGCCUGGCCGCUUCCAGGAGCUGGACAGUGGGCUGGCUUCAAGGGGGACCAGUGAAGGUAUUUCCUCUGAGCCGGUCAGUGCCGCGACCACCCAGACCCUGGAAGGGGACUCAUCCGAAGCUGGGGAUCUGGACAGCAAGAAGGCAGCUGCGCAGAACCUUCCGGAAGGAGGUGCCAAGGCCACGGCGCCUAAGGGAGCCCGGAGGACUCAGGACUCCCCGUCAGAGUUUGGGAAGGUGACUCGGAUGUGUUUCGCAGUGUUCCUGUGCUUUACGCUCAGCUACAUCCCCUUCCUGCUGCUCAACAUCCUGGACGCCCGGGCCCAGGCUCCGCGGGUGGUCCACAUGGUGGCCGCCAACCUCACCUGGCUCAACGGCUGCAUCAACCCGGUGCUCUACGCGGCCAUGAACCGCCAGUUCCGCCAAGCCUACGGCAGCAUCCUCAACCGAGGGCCCCAGAGCUUCCGGAGGCUCCGGUAGAACCAGCGGAGACCAGAGACAGCCUGACCUGCUCAGGAGGGACUGGGGCCUAGACGACCUCCAC